GGAAAUGCAGGCAGAGCAACUGACGAGCAGGGAGGAAGACGCUUUCCGAGGAAUCCCUAUAAACAGACACAGACAUGCCUGAGCCCGAGAAGUCAGCAACCGAGGGCGAAGAGGCUCCAGCGGCCCCUGCUGAGGAGCCGGCAGAGGACGACGAGCAGGCGGGCGGCGAUGUUCCCGAGCCGACCGAGGGCGCCGGCAUCAUCAUACAGAAGCCUGAAAGCGCCACGGCAAUAAAAGGCAAGGACAUCACUUUUGUGGCGAAAGUGGACGCCUCAAACCUCCCGAGGAAGCCGGUCAUGAAGUGGCUGAAGGGGAAGUGGUUGGACCUGGCGAGCAAAGCCGGAAAGCACCUGCAGUUCAAAGAGACGUACGACAGGAACACCAAGGUCUACACGUACGAGAUGCGCAUCAUCAAAGUGAAGGACGGAGACGCAGGUGGCUACCGCUGCGAGGUCACCUCCAAAGACAUCUGCGACACCUGCGCGUUCGAAAUCACCGUGCAGGCUCCACAAGAUGGCCAGCAGGAAAACAUCAUGGAGGCGUUCAAGCGAUCUGGGGAGGGCGAUGAAGACGCCGGCGAUCUGGACUUCAGCGUGCUGCUCAAGAAGAGGGAGAAGAAGGAAGAGGCUCCGAAGGAGGAAGUGGAUGUCUGGGAGAUUCUGAAGAACGCCAAGCCGUGCGACUACGAGAAGAUCGCCUUCCAGUACGGCAUCACCGACCUGAGGGGCAUGCUGAAGAGGCUGAAGAAGAUGAAGUUUGUGCCCAAGAAGAGCGACGCCUUCGCGAAGAAGCUGGACCCGGCCUACUCCGUGGACAAAGGCAAGAAGGUCCACAUGAGCGUGGAGAUCACCGACCCCAAUGCUCAGCUCCGCUGGUUCAAGAACGGACAGGAAAUCAAGCCGUCGGCUAAGUAUGUGUUUGAGAACUAUGGCAACAGGCGGACGCUCACCAUCAACAAGUGCAACCUGUCGGAUGACGCGGCGUACGAGUGUAUGAUCGGGGACGAGAAGUGCUUCACGGAGCUGUGGGUCAAAGAGCCUCCAAUCACCAUUACCAAGCCGCUGACCGACAUCACCACCGUGGAGGGUGAGAAGGUGGAGUUUGAAGUGGAAGUGUCUGAGGAAGGAGCCAGCGUCAAAUGGAUGAAAGACGGAGUUGAGCUGAAUAAAGAGAUGGCAGGUUCAAGGUACCGGUUCAAAAAGGAUGGAACGAGACACAUUUUGAUCAUAAACGAAGCCACUAAAGAGGAUAUUGGAACGUACUACGCCAUCACCAACGGCGGGGAGUCGCAGGCUCACCUGGAAGUUGAAGAUAAGCCGCUGGAGAUCCUGCAGAACCUGAGCGACGUGUCUGCAGAGGCCGGAGAGCAAGCCGUGUUCAAGUGUGAAGUGUCCGACGAGAACGUGACGGGAAAAUGGUUCAAGGACGGCGUGGAAGUGGUGCCCAGCGACCGCAUCAAGAUCUCGCACAUCGGAAGGGUUCACAAGCUGACGAUUGACGACGUGGUGCCUUCAGACGACGGAGAGUACACCUUCGUCCCCGACAAGUACCCGGUCACUCUGUCCGCCAAACUCAACUUUGUCGAGGUCAUAGUUGAAGUCAUUCCCAUAGAAGAGCCUCCCAAAAUCCACAUGGACACCAGCUGCAUGGACGACAAGAACACCAUCAUGGUGGUGGCGGGAAACAAGCUGCGGCUGGACGUGGAGGUGACGGGCGAGCCGGCGCCCACGGUGUGCUGGAUGAAAGGAGACCAGGCGGUGUCCCCGGAGGGCCGGGUCCGCGUGGAGACCGUCAAGACCCUGAGCAGCUUCGUGAUCGACGGGGCGGAGUUUCGGGACGAGGGGCCUUACUCCCUGGUCGUCACCAACUCCGUGGGCGAGGACAGAAUUGAUAUGUUCAUCAAGGUCGUGGAUGUGCCCGGCCCUCCUGAGAACGUCAGAUGCUCAUCGGUUGGCGAGGACUGCGCCACGGUCACAUGGGACGCUCCUGCCUUCCUGGGCGGCCUUCCCGUUAAAGGCUACCUGAUGGAGAGGAAGAAGGUCGGCUCGGCCAGAUGGACCAAGCUCAACUUUGACCCCUACGAGUCGAACACGUACGAGGCGAAGAAGAUGAUCGAGGGCGUGGCGUACGAAAUGCGGGUGUUCGCCGUCAACAGCAUCGGCGUGUCGCAGCCCAGCGGCGCCUCGCAGCCCUUCAUGCCCAUCGCCCCCACCAGCGAGCCCACCCGCCUGGUGGUGGACGAAGUGACGGACACCACCUGUACGCUCAAGUGGCGUCCGCCAGAGAAGAUCGGCGCCGGCGGCCUCGAUGGCUACAUCAUUGAAUACUGCAAAGAAGGAAGCGACCAGUGGGUGCAGGCCAACGACAAGCUGGAGGAGGGCAACCAGUACAAGGUGAAGGGGCUCACCAUGGGCGACAAGCUGCUCUUCAGGGUGAUCGCCGUCAACGUGGCCGGCCGCAGCCCGCCGGCCACCCUGAGCCAGGCGGUCACCAUCAAGGAGCUCCUCGAGAGUCCCAAGAUCCGCCUGCCUCGCCAUCUGAGAACCAAACUCAUCGUGAUCGUGGGCGAGAAGGUCAACCUGGUCAUCCCCUUCCAGGGUAAGCCCCGCCCCGUGGUCACCUGGCUCAAAGAGGGCGCGCCGCUGGACGACAAGUCGGUGGGGAUCCGGAACAGCGAGGUGGACUCCAUCCUCUUCAUCCGCUCGUCGGAGAGAGCCCACUCCGGGAAGUACACCCUGUCCGUUCAGAUCGAGAAGCUGACGGACAGCGCCGACAUUUUCAUCCAGGUCGUAGACAGGCCCGGCCCCCCCACCGACGUGCACGUCACCGACGUGUGGGGCUUCAACGCGGCGGUGGAGUGGAAGCCGCCCAAAGACGACGGCAACAGCGAGAUCAUCGGCUACACCAUUCAGAAGGCCGACAAGAAGACGAAGCCUCAGGAGUGGUUCACGGUGUACGAGCACAGCCGCCGGCCCAGCUGCACCGUGUCCGACCUGGUCAUGGGGAACGAGUACCACUUCCGGGUGUUCAGCCAGAACAUCUGCGGCCUGAGCGAGGCGGCCGGCGUCAGCAAGAACACCGCCGUCAUCACCAAGACAGGUUUACUCUACAAACCUCCACCAUUCCCGGAACAGGACAUGACCAGCUCCCCCAAAUUCAUCGCCCCUCUGGUGAACCGGAGUGUGACUGCAGGCUUCACCACGGCCAUCAGCUGCGCGGUGCGCGGCAACCCCAAGCCGAAGAUCGUGUGGCUGAAGAACAACAUGAUCAUAGGCGAAGACCCGAAGUUCCUGAUGCAGAACAACCAGGGCGUCCUGACCCUGAACAUCCGGAAGGCGGGGCUGUUCGACGGCGGCCGGUACUCCUGCAGGGCCGUCAACGCUCUGGGGGAGGACGAGGUGGAGUGCAAGCUGGAGAUCCGAGUUCCUCCAAAAGAAGGCGAGGAGGAGGCGAAAUGAGCGACAGCGGAGUCCAACAGGAGUCGCAAUGGAUUAUGUAGUCCUGAAUAAACCUGAUUAGAAUAGAUCAGCGGUGGGGCUCUCGAGCCAGACACACACCUUCCUUUACAUGUGCUUGCCUUUCGAUGCCGCGAUGAUGAACGCCGCCUCGGCGCUACGUCAUUAGCUCUGUCAGCUCGCCGCCACAUCCCGGCCGAGACGGAGCCCGGGAGUAGUGUAGUAGCGCUGCCCUGCUGCGACCACACACAGAUGGAUCCUCCUUAACUGUGGAGUGGGCCUGUCACUGAACACACUUAUAAAACAGCCUUUCAUCCAUUA